AUGACCGCACCCUUACUGGGCGGUUUUGGCUUCAACGUGAAAGGUCAAGUCAGCGAAGGAGGACAGUUGCGAAGUUUGAAUGGUCAACUGUACGCUCCUCUGCAACAUGUCAGCGCAGUGCUACCUGAUGGUGCUGCUGAACGUGCAAACCUACGUAGAGGCGACAGGAUUCUGCAAGUGAAUGGUGUCAAUGUAGAAGGAGCAACCCAUCGUCAUGUAGUCGAUCUCAUAAAACACGGUGGCGAUCGCUUAACGAUGAUAGUCAUCUCUGUUGAAGAUUCCGAAGUUGAUAAUUCGAAUUACACCUCAUGUCAAAUCAGCUGUCCGCCUUGA